GAUCUGGCAGAGCAUCAGAGGCACCCGCCCUGCCCAGACCUACCAAGAGACGGAGACCUGGCACAGUGGCCUUGAAGGAAAUUAGACAAUAUCAGAAGUCCACAAAUCUUCUCAUUCGAAAACUACCAUUUUCUAGAUUGGUGAGGGAAAUCGGCAUGAAGCUGGACCUAAAAAGUAUGAUGUGGCAAGCAAAUGCAAUCCUGGCCCUUCAGGAGGCAUCUGAAGCCUACAUAGUGCGACUUUUUGAAGAUGCAAAUUUAUGUUGUGCACAUGCCAGACGUGUUACUCUCCAACCGAAAGACUUGUGGCUGGCACGGAGGAUAGGUGGAUACUUAGAGACACCAAGAACUAUAGAUUAA